AUGAGGCGUAUGGGACCACAGGCGCUGGUUGUGUAUGAGGAGGACGAGGAGGUUGGAGGAUCGACCGUGAGCAACCGAACGCAAGUGGCCGAGAACCCAGAAGAGCACCCAGCAGAGUACCCAGCAGAACCGUUGGUAGAGGAGAGGAGGUCCCUUGAGAAAGCGACUCUAACGUGCGAGUGUAUGGUGAAGAGAAGGAAGGACGUCGGGGGCGACAUGCUGUUGGCAUGGGAGCGAGCUCCGUCGCUCAUGUUGGGACCCAGGACGUUGCACGCAGGUCCAGAAGAGCAUCUCUGGUCCACAUGA